CCUUCAUCAAGCAGCUGUUUUCUACUUCCUCUCCUGCUUUCAGCUUUUAAAAACAGACGGACAAACAGACAGCCAGAGAGCUGUGGCUUUUUCUCACUCUGCUCCUCUGUUUACUUCACUACGCGUCAUGUCUCCAGUUUGGUAAAGCAGAAACAGAUGUAAAAGACUGUCUUUGUUUCACUCUAGGACUGCUGGGUAAUGGCUUCCCUCAGGGCUUUUGUCACUCUGUCCGUCUGUCUCCUGCUGGCUCAUCAGACGUUUGGUAAAAACGACGCUCCCUGCCAGCGCUCCAAAUGGAACAACGCCUACAACACCUUCAUCAAACGCCACAUUCGCUCCAGUCUUCCAGAAACUCUGGACCAGAACCUGUGGGAGGCGUACAUCAAGAACAACGGGGGCUGUGACAGACCCACCCAGUCCUUUCUGCACCAACGCGACCUGGACAGGGUGAAGGCCGUGUGCACGGACCAGGGGGGGGCGGUGUACAAGGAAAACCUGUGCAUCAGCCGGCAGCCCUUCAAUUUUGUCACGGUGAGAAGUGUACCGGGGACUUGCGGGAUCAAGAGCGUCCGAGAGGAAACCAAACAUCUGAUCCUGGCCUGUGAGGAGCUGAGUAACCAGUGCCUGCCUGUCCAUUUUGAGGGAAACUCUGACAACUCAAAGCCAAAUAACAACGCCAGAGGCUGCGGGGACCCAGACACCAGAGCUGAUGCUCCCAGCUUUAAAAUGACGUGGCUCUGGUUGUUACCUGCUCUUCUUCUUCUCAUUAUUUAUGGCCAUCAACAUUAAUUUGAGGAACUACACAUGACAAUAAGUCUCCUGAACACAUUUGAGAAAAAGCUUGAUUUGAAAAGUGUUUGGAUUUAAAACCCAAAUUUGUAUUAAUCUUAUAUCGCCAAUCAUAUUUUUUGAAAGAAUUUAAAUUUUGUAAAUGUAUUUUUGUACCAGUACUAUAUACUUGUGUAUCUGGGAGUAUUUGUAUGCUAUGUAUUUCACAUUAAAAAGGGCAUACAUACAAUUGCCGUACAAAAGGGAUUUAAUUGUGUUUAAUGUGUUUACGGUAUGAUUUAAUAAACAGAAGAUUUGGAACUCA